CAGUCGACCGUCGGCGGAUCUAUCUUCCAACGGUCCCUGGUGGGAAUAUUCGAUACAUAUGCUCUGUGCCGCAUAUUGCAGACUGCUCAGAAAUUCUCUUCAUUUCCGUAUCUUUCAGUUUCUGUUAAAGUUUUCCGGUGUCAGUCGCACGCGCUAUUGCAGAAAGGAAGGUGAUCGUGAGUGUUGAAGGAUUUCACAGUGCGAAAAGAAUUUUACCGGAAAAGACAUACUUCCAAUAAUAGUGAAUGAUUGGGCAGAGCAAAAAAAGAAAAACACUGAAAAGAAGUACAUUUAGUUAGAAAGUUGAAAAGAAGUUUUGGUGUUGUGAAAACCCAACACAAUCGACAAUGUUUAGCUUCUUCAAACGUUCAAAGUCACAGAAAGGAAAACAAAAACACGACAAACUGCAACUGCCGCCGGAAUCGAACCGACAAAUCGGGGAGGAGCGUGACCACGAGGGGUGUUCGGUAAAAACUGCUACCGAAGACGUGCGGCCGCCCGCCGAGCCGUGUGCGAAGGUUGCGUCUGAUGCGUACGCAAGCGCAAAUGUGUUGCAGACGGGUUGCGUCCAACCCGGUGGUAACCGUACGCCAAGAAGUCAUGCUGGCGACGAGGAAAACCAACCUAAAAAUAGCUCGAUUCAACCACCAAUACCAGCAUCCGUGCUGCUGACGAUGGGAAGCGGAAUUUUGGCACCCUUGGUUUCACGGGAAGGAACCGUGGGGCAACGACAAUUGUUGCCCUCCGGGUGGCCGAAUGGACGGGGGGAGCGGAUGGAGCCGGGGUAUGAAAACCUUUCGCGCGCACCAACGGGCACGAUCAGCAUCGAUGUCAGUUCGAGUGGUCCUACGUACCAGAACGGUUCGGACGCGAACGAUCCGACCGACGAUCAGCAGCGAAACGAAUCCGCCCAGCAGGCGAUCGCCGGACGUUACGACGCUAGUCGCGAAUCUUCGAGCAGCCCGAUCGAUGAUAGUACGGGCCGGGCACGGGAAACGCAGCCCAACGCGACCAGUUCGAAUCCGUACGCGCCACCGAGUGAAAGUGCAAUGGCGAAAGGGAAAAAUCGACGCCGUUAUCAGCAACCGCAGCAGCAACAGCAGCAACAACAUCAACAACACAUCAAACCACAGCAUCAGCAUGCGCUCAAGCUGUCCCUGCCGAAAGAUGAUUCCAGCGGAGGUCAGGAUACGUCCCAAGGCAAGACACACCUGUCAAACCGUACCAACACGAUCAGCAUCGUUACCGUCGAACCGACAGCGGUACCGAUCAAGGUUAUAGAGACGAUCGCGGAGCGGCGACAGGGAAGUGGGGAAGUUGGACCGAACCUACCGAACAGUGACGUCACCAUAGCCGAUGGUGACAAACCAACCCGAACAGUCGAAUCUCUAGCCAAGACACACACCAAUGACGGUGUAAGCGUGGCGCUAGUAUCGCCGAACGCAUGCGCACCGGAUGCGACAACCGGCACGAACACUACUACACUACCUAACGGUGACAACGUCAGCGCGGUACAGCAGUUAUUAAAUAUCAAAAAUGUUUCGCCCACUACCGAGAGCGAUCGUCACACACACCACGAUCGGGAGCAACCGUCUGCCGGGAUACAGUGUACAACCGCACCGGUUGUGCCGGUGUGUGUCGAUCGUGCCCUGAGUCCGUCGGAAUCGACGAUCCUGUCCGCCAGUAGUACACCGGUCGCGAACCGCAACAUAUCGAAGGCGACGGAUGCCGCCAGCAGCGAGCAAACAGUAGCGCUAGUGUCAGAGCAAACUUGUACCAUCCAGGAAAUGGGCCAACAGCCAAGCCGUGCCGGUACCGAACAACGAACCCAACCGAUAGGGAGGUCCAAGUCGACGUCACCACCAUUGCCGCCACCGCGCAACCAACGAUCCGCUUCCGUGCUUCCGGUGCUUGAUCUAGAGUCGGCAGCACAUCGCGGUGGUACGACAACCGUCGUCAUCGUGCAGGAUGCUGCUGGGGACGAUACUAGCGACGAUCGGGAUGUCUUCUACGAGGCAAAGGAAACACUCUCACCGGUACUGUCCGGUACGGGUCGGCCGGUUGCUGAAGAUAGCCGACGAACCGACAGUACCGGAACGCCGGAACCGAUCCGAGCUAGUCUGGUGCUUAAGCUCACCGAACCGGACAUCCGGAACCAAUGUCAGCGGGAAAGUCCGCAAAAGAAGCAGGUCAGCUUCAAGCUAACGCAGAACGGUAGUGACGAUGUGGAGGUGACCAGUGUCGACAGUAGUGACGUGGACAGUGACAGUGAGGAACGACCAGAACAGGUGAUGCGGAGUGCAUCACCAUCAGACACACGCUCAUACAGUGGCAAUCGUACUGCAUUUAGUGAGAGUAAUAACAGCAACCCCGUGUCACCGUACGGUGUCUGUGCGUAUGGCGAUGAAUCGGGCAAUAAUUAUAUCAAGUUUCAAUACGAUCACAGUGCGUCGGAAGAAGCGAAACCGGAGAAACUCACCACCGGUGUCGAUGCCUCGGAUGGUGAGUCGGAGAAGGUGCAACACCUGCAGGACGGUGGGCAGCAGGGUGUUCUGAUCGAGGACAGUGUUGCCAGCCUGCCGGAUGUGGUGCAGCCGUCCAAUAUUGAACCGCUCGGGUUCUCUACCGUUCUACCACCGACCUCCUUCAGCACCGUUGAGAAGAUCAACAGUGAAAUGAAGGAUCUGGUCAAUCAGGAAUCCCGGUACAGCGCCAAACUUGAGGAAGCCGAAAAGCGGGUCAAGGAAGCGAACGUUAAGGUCUACGAACUGCAGCAGAAGCUCGAUGCUGUCGAGCGAGAUGCGCUGCUCAAGGAGUACAACGUGGAGCGUUUGCAGGCGGAAUUGGUUGCCGCCCUGAAGGAAUGCGAUGGAAUACGGGCACGGCUAACGACGCAACAGACCGAGAUGGAAACGAUAAGACUGAAGGCCUCCGAUCGGGAGGAUGAACUAAAUCUCAAGUAUCAAAAUUUGGAAAUAGAACAUUUGGAGCUAACCGAAAAGCUGGCGGAGGUACGUAAGCUAGCGCACGACCUAAACAGCCAGCUGAUCGAUGCCAAAUCCGAGGUGGACCGGCUAAAGGAGGAACGCCAGAAGCUGCUGGACGAGCGCACCGAGGAGCAGAAGGUAAUGCGCGAAGCGCUCGAGGAAUCGGUACGCGAGCGGGCCCAGGUGGAGGCGAAAUGGCGGCAAAGCUUCGAACAGUUGCGCGACGUGAACAAUGCGCGCGAGGAAGAUCUGAUGAAGGACUGUGAGUUUACGAUUCGCAACAUGCAGAAAACGUGCAAGGAAAAGAUGGAAACGGUCGAGAAGGAGCGUAAACAUGCGCUGGAACAGGUGAGCCGGCUGGAGGAGUUGACCCGCAAACGAACGGACGAGGUGCGCCACUUGAAGACGUACGAAGCGGAGGUGGAACAGCUGCGUGGACUUACCUACGAUCAGAAGGAGUCACUCGUCAGCAUGACGCGACAGGUGGAAAGUUUGAAAGCGGAGCUGGAAACGGCAUACAAUAAGCUGGAAGAGGAGAUGGUUAAGGUGCAGCAGAUUAAGAACCGGUGUGAAUAUCAACUGUGUGAAAAGGAGCGAGAAGCACUGAAUCGGAUAGAGAUUGCGCGGGGCGAAAUAGCGAUGCAAUGGGAAGAUCGGCUACUGCACGAGAUGAACCGGCUGAAGGUGGAGCUGGAACAAACGCACAUGGAGGAACGUACCUCUGCCAUCGAGAAGCUUCGACGCGAAGCACUGGCAGAAACGGAAGCCAUGAGCCAUCGGUUUAACGAGCGUGAAAAGCAACUCAAAACUGAGAUCGAAUCACUGAAAGCGAAGCUAGAGCAGCAGAAGAAGUCAAUGGCGAAUGCACAAUCUGAUGCUGACCAAAAGCUACUCCAGUCUCGUAUGUACGUAGAACGUGCCGAGCGAGAACAUGAGCGUAAACUGGCUAAGGAAAUAUCCGCGAAGGAUGAAAUUAUUGAAACCCUCAAGCUACAGUUUGAACAGAGCAAGAAAGAAUUGGAGGAGCACUUCAGUGAUAGAAUUCAGCAGGUACAGGAAGAAUUCGCUCGUGAGAUAUCCGACACGACAGAGCUGAUGAAAACAGCACACAAAAAGGAGCUAGAAACACAAUGGAAAGCACUCAUCGCAGAGAAGGAAGAGGCACUGCAUCAGAUGGAUGGUCGAAACAGAAACAGACUUGAAGAUGCUGAGAACAAAAUCAGAGAACUCACGACCAGCCAUCGGCGGCAGUUAAAGGAUCUGCAGGAAGAGCAUAGCUUCGUCGCGCAAAGUCUGGAAUCGCGGGACACGAAGAACGCGCAAGAAAUUCAAACGCUCCAUAAAAAGUGCCGCUGCCUAACGAGUCUUUUCGAAGAGAUGCGUCUACGCUACGAACGGCGAGAGUCACGCAUGGAGGACUUGCAGCAGAUCGAAGAAUUGAAGAUCGUGAUCGAAUCACAGGAGCGUGAUCUACGGCAGCUAACCGAAACGCUACGAGAGAUGCAAAUGCAACAGAUGCAGCACGAUCAGCAUCCACCACAAACACCAAGACGGUCGAAACCAAAUCGAGGCAGGCAACAAAAGCAACAGCCGAAUCCACAGCAGCAGACAGGUAAUAAGCAACAACAACAGCAGCAGCUUCAAACUAAUAAACAUCAGCAGAAAAAGGGUCGUCCACAAAUUUCUCCAAUCCAACCGGAACAGAACGAUCAAACACCAGUAGUAGAGGAACACCGAGAAGAUGAUGAGAUUGAGUACGCGGAUCCAUCGUCAGACGUACCCGAGGUGGUCAUUGUCCCAUCCUCACAAGUGAUACCACCACCCAUGGUACACCGGACACAGUGUGAAGUAAUUUACGAGGAAAAUGAAGCCGAUAUUUUGCGCGAAGAAGAGGAAGCGGCACAAAUGGUCGAACAGGAAGAAAGCGUUGAACCAACUGUGGAGCAAUCGAACGUGGAGAGCGUCGAAGAGAUCACGGAAGAGGAAGAACAGGAAGGAAUGGUAACGGUGGUGGAUGUACCCGAGUCUGCGAUUCAAACCGAAGAUCGCGUGAUACAUUCGACAACUCCGACAAUUAUUGAAGAAAUGGAUAUUGACGACGCCGAGCAAGUCUGCGUACAAAUGCCGGAAGGCAUGUCGAACGAAUUCGUCAAGUCGAUAACUGUUGUAUCAAUCGAAAACGUAACCGAACCAAACGUCCAACGUCCGCGAGCAUCUUCAACACCAAGAAUUGUCAUCACCGAUGGUGUGGAGAAGGAUAGCACUGGGCAGAAUCUUGAAAGCACGGUGGUGGAAAUAUCUGAAGAUGCUUCGCCGGUUGCCAUUGAAUUACCGCCUGUCUUUGCCAAACCAUACCCAGCUACCACGGAUACAGCAACCGAGAGCGUUGGAGACAGUGCACAGAUGGGUCCAUCUGCUCCGGAGGUAUCUGUAGCCCAUCUACCGGAAGGAAGCACAGCUGAAGGCCAACCCGUAGACUAGUUGGAGAUUAUUGGAUCAUAAUCGUUUACAAUGUUCCCUAUGUACGGUUCCGUACACUUUAUCUCUAGUUCCAUGCGGAAAUGUAUUAUCUUUUUGAUGAUUGUGAACAUAUCUUACUUGUUGUUAGCUGGCAGCAUAAGAAACACUCCAUAAUUAUUUUGUUCGGAUCGGAUGGACACAGUUGUGUAAAGUCCCUUUUUGCUCUAACUACAAGUUGUUCGUUUAGCAAGAAAAUGGGCUCCACGGGUCCAGUCCGAUUCGACACCCUGGUGGUAGUAUAACAACGGGGAAGAUAUCGCUAUUGAUAUCUUCUUCCGUUUGACCUUAGCUCGACCCAUGCAAACCACUAUUAGUUAUUUGCCUAGUUAUUAUUAUCUUAUUUUUAAUUUCUCCGAUUAAUUUGCUCUUUCCGGUACUGUACAUAUAGAUAUUUACUUCUCUGCAAAUUUUAAUGUCUCCUUUGGGACUGUCCAGGGCAAGGUCGGAUCAACGUAAUAGAUUUAGCAGUAAUAAACGAAAAGUUCAAAUAAAUUAAUGAAAUAA